AACACAGAAUCUGAGUUCUUUAAUUAGGAUUAAACAGCUCUUUUGUCUGCCCUCAGAAUCAUGUUUUCGGUGGUGGAGUCACUGAUUCUGGUAUCGAACCUCGCAGAGCAGCUGAAGUUCUGCCAACUGCUUUUGAAAGUGCCAGCCUUUCUUCUAUCAAAUCCUUUAAUCAGAGGACAACUUCUUGAUGGUCAGCAAAUUGCAGAACUUCAAAAGACACUAGAUAUUGAAAGUUCACUGGUAGAACUUGGUAUACCUGUUGAAAAGUCUCCAGAGGCAAAAUCAUCAACAGCUUUGCCACUAGAUGGAAAGGCCAACAAGAAGGGAAAAAAGAAGAAAAGGGGAAAACAGAGAUCUGUACAGAUUGAGACAUUCCCUGAUUUUGGUGAAGUUAAAGUGGAAAUAGAUACAAUGCAGGAUAAAGAAAUCGAGCAAAUCUCUGAAGCUAUCAAGCCAAAGGAUGGCAAAACCAUGUUGGAUAUGAAGAUGAUUAGUGGGUUCCCCAAAGAAUCAGACUUUGUCUCACUCUCGCAGGAGAAAGAUAAUCCAUCCGAUUCGCCGAGAAGCAAGAAACUUGCAAUGGCAGCAAACAAGAAGAAGAACAGUAAGGGUGGGCUUUCUAUGUUCUUGACUGGUGCUCUUGAUGAUAUUCCUAAACCCGUUGUUGCUCCUCUACCAAAGCCUAAGGUUGAAGGUCCUGUGUGGGGUGGAGCUAAGAUUUCUAAAGGAUUAUCUUCCCUCCAGGAUAUUCAAGAUGAACAAAGCAAGACCCGGCCUCAUGAACCUGUUAGGACUACUAAAAAUCAGUCAGGCGAUGAUUCUUCUGGUAAAACUGAAGAUGGAGAAUCUGGUUGGAGUAGUCUUCACCGAGCUUUGCAUUUUGGCCAUCUCGCGGUAGCUAGCGUACUAAUUGACUCAGGUGCUUCUUUUACUCUAGAAGACAUAAAACUGCGAACACCGGUUGAUUUGGUCUCAGGUCCAGUGGCUCAGGUUAUUGGCGAGCAACAGAGUUCGGUCGCUACAGAGGUUUUCAGCUGGGGAAAUGGUGCAAACUACCAACUUGGAACUGGCAAUCAACAUGUUCAGAAGGUACCCGGCAGAGUUGAUUCACUGCAUGGUUGUUUUAUUAAGUUGGUCUCUGCGGCAAAGUUCCAUAGUGUUGCCAUUAGUUCUCAUGGAGAAGUCUACACGUGGGGAUUUGGAAGGGGUGGCCGCCUUGGACAUCCUGAAUUUGACAUUCACAGGAAGCCUCAAAGAAGCACUUGCUCAAUUUACAGCCUACGAAGUCCUAGAUGGAGAAAACCGGUACUUCUGUGGCAGACUGGCAGACGUAAAUCUUACCAGAAAGCCAAAAAGAAAUUGAUGAUAUUGGAAGGACCCAAAUAUUCUUACUGUCGUGCUGAAACGUUUUCAGGUGAGAGACUUCAUCCUCGGGAUCAUCCCGUGUAUAGUCUCUACGCAGUGGUGGUCCAUUUGGAUGCUAUGAGUACUUCAUUUUCAGGUCGUUAUGUUUUUCCGGUUCAAUUAGAGACUGUAUUACUAGAAGGAGCAUACAUGCUUCUUUAUGCAAGGUCACUACUAGAAUCGGUUAUGGUUCUCCCAAACUCAUACAAUGACCAUGGAGCUGCGCUUGGGGAGAAGGAACCUUUGGGUGGCCAUAUGAGCUCUUUUGUCUGCUCUCAGAAUCGUGUUUUCAGUGGUGGAGUCACUUAUUCUGGUAUCGAACCUCGCAGAGCAUCUAAGUUCUGCCAACUGCUUUUGAAAGUGCCAGCCUUUCUUCUAUCAGUUUUUUGGCGCGAACUUGCUUCUUUCUUGACCAAACAAUGUUUUGGCUCUCUAUGUUCUCCAAGGCUUUUGCUUUUCUUGCUGAUUAUGGGGUUGGCCAAGGCCAUGAUGAAGCAUGCUAGGAAAUUGGAUGGCCUAGUCGAUGUAGUGGACAUUGUUGGAACAGGUAAUGAUGGAGCUUACAGAGUUAACAUAUCCACUGGAUCGUACUUGCCGCAGCAUGGGCUAGAAAAUCGUUCGAGUUCUUCUGCUUGUGGUAGCGCGGAUGUAUUAGAAGCGCUAGGUGUGGUGAUUGACUUAGAGCCAGAGCCGUCGGUGUUUAUCAUGAAAAUCUGGUACAUUGCUUUCAUUCACAGCUCAUCAAUGAUUCCUUUCAACAAUGCUCGUAUGGCCUUUAUGAAAACAAGAGGAGGGUUAGUUUAUGAUGUUACCCCAGAAAAGGAGGAAAAGUUUUCAUUUGAUCCAUUGGACUUGGGGAUUCCUCGUUGCACUCUGGAGGAUUUGAGAAGUGGAGAUCCAGAGUACAAUGCGGAUGUAUUGAGACAUGUGCUAUCAGAGGAGGCCGGGUCCAUAGCCGAUGCAUUGGUACCUCUUGUGGUCAGCAGUCGUGUUCAGACUCUAACUGAAGGAAUUGUCUUGGCCCGUGGAGUACAGUCAUCUGGAAAAGCUAUCAAGUCACUUGAUUCAUGGAUUCAAACCUCCAAUUCAGCAUUCAAAUCUCUAUCUUUUGCUCUGUUCCAGUUCUCCGACAAUGAACGACCUCUUAAAGAUGUUCUGAUUGGACAGGGUUCGUUAGAAUUCUCCAGGGAUCGCUCUAAUAGAAGCGAUAUUGAGUCAGGACAUGGCCCAGGUAACUCUGGAGAUCUCGGGCUCUCUGGUUUCUUCAAAAAGGUCCAAGAAAUCGAAAAGCAAUAUGAGAAGCUUGAUAAACAUCUCAACAAGCUUCAGGGGGCACAUGAGGAGACUAAAGCCGUCACUAAGGCUCCUGCGAUGAAAUCAAUCAAACAGAGGAUGGAGAGAGAUGUUGAUGAAGUGGGAAGAAUUUCUCGUUUCAUCAAAGGAAAGAUAGAGGAACUGGACCGAGAGAAUCUGGAGAACCGGACUAAACCGGGUUGUGGGAAAGGAACAGGUGUAGACAGAACAAGAACAGCCACAACUAUUGCGGUGAAGAAGAAAUUUAAGGACAAGAUAUCUGAAUUCCAAACUCUAAGACAGAACAUUCAACAAGAAUACAGAGAAGUUGUAGAGAGGCGUGUGUUUACAGUUGAUAGAUUGAUUGAAACUGGAGACAGUGAGCAAAUUUUCCAGAAAGCAAUCAGGGAGCAAGGACGAGGACAGAUAAUGGAUACACUGGCUGAGAUUCAGGAACGCCAUGAUGCUGUCAGAGAUUUAGAGAAGAAACUCCUUGACCUGCAACAGGUGUUUCUCGAUAUGGCCGUGCUGGUGGAUGCACAGGGAGAGAUGUUAGACAACAUAGAGAAUAUGGUCUCAAGUGCUGUAGAUCAUGUUCAAUCCGGAAACAAUCACCUAACAAAGGCAGUAAAAAGCCAGAAAAGUUCAAGGAAAUGGAUGUGCAUUGCCAUCCUUAUCCUACUUAUCAUCAUCAUCAUUACUGUUAUCUCUGUUCUCAAACCAUGGACACAGAAAAAUGGUGCCUAAGGUUCUAUUCUCUCUGCCCUGCUUCUGGGGCUUCUGUAUACAACAGUAUAUACGUGUAUCAUUGCAUCAAAUACUAUUGACCUUCCACUAUCACUAUAAAAAUGAUGUAUUCUUUUGAUCGGAUCAAUGAAUUAACUAUUUUACA